GGAAGCAAUGUGGAUAGCAGCUGUGUGCUGCGGGAAUCCCGGCGCAGGAAGACAGUUUGGCAGGCCUGGCAAAAGAAGGCCCUGCUAUCAGCUUUCAGCAAGAACAAAUACCCGAGCUUCUGGGACAGGCAGGAACUGGCCAGGCAAAUACAGCUCCCUGCGUCCCGCAUCCGAGUGUGGUUUCAGAACCAAAGAAGUCGCACUGGAGAGGUGAGGCACGGCCCAAAGCGGUCCAGCAGAGGCUCCAUUCCGCUAGCCUCCCAAGAGCUCGAGGAAGGGUUUGGCUCCAGGUCACAAGGUAGCAGCAUGCCCUCGGACAGCAAAAGGCCUCGCACUCGACUCAACUUGCAACAGCGCAGGAUCCUAGUGCAAGCCUUUGAGAGGAACCCGUUGCCAGGCUUUGCUACCAGGGAGCAGCUGGGCCAAAGGACAGGUUUGAAUGAGGACACGAUCCACAUAUGGUUUCAGAACAGAAGAGCGCGGCAAGCCCGCGCUCCAGAUCAAGAUGUGCCUGCUUCACAAGUGCAGGAUGUGGCAACUGGAGGUCUCAGUGGCAAGGAUGAGGCAGCACCGGACAACCUGUUAUUGAUGGCUGCUGCAGGAGGUGUGGGCAUGGAGAACUCGAGCUCCAGCGACCAGCCCCACUUCCACGAAGAGUCCCAGCAUCCCCAAGUGGCACUGCCCGAAGGACGAGGCCAAUCACAGACAGCCACUCAAGCAUACGAGCCAGGAACUCUGGAACUCCUCCUUGAUGAACUGCUGGAAGAAGACCAAGUGGAGGGUGACAGGCCAUUCCCUGUGGAUCUGGAUGGAAAUCCUGGU